AUGCUGACCCUCAAGCCAAGCGUUGCCGUGGAGGCUCAUCUUCCAUCCAUGAGAGACCGCCUGAAUGUCGGACCAAAAUACUCAUACGAUUACAUACUCUUCUACCGUUGGUUGUCGCCAGAUCUCUAUGAGAGGGGUCGUGUCAUGGCGCGUUUAGUCGCCGAGGUGAUUGAGAAGAACAGCCGGCGAAUCUGGCUUGACCAACAUCAAAUGACCAGAACAACAGAGGCUGUUGAGGUCACCAAAAGAAUAUCCAAGACAUUUCAUUCCGUGUCUCAAAUUAUAAUCCUCGCAGCCCCUGGUGACUGGAACCGGUUUACGAAUCCAGAAGAUAUUCACCGAUGGGAGUGGGAAAUGAGCCUCUUGAGCGACAAACAAAUCUGGCUUCUACACUAUGGCCUGCCAGACAACGGCGGGGAGGCAUCCAAGGAGCAGUUGGCAAAAGGCUUAGAAACAUACUGUCCAAGAUUAGCUGAGCUAUUCAUGAGCAGGGACGUACACCUACGAUCGCUGUCGAUGGACAACAUUGAUGUGGUACUCAGAGAAAUUGCCGAGGCGCGGUAA